AUGGCCCAACAUGAUCACGGUGGUGAUGGUACUUGCGAAGCAGGGCAUGUACACGAAUAUGAUAAAGGAUUGCAUAUUGGUGCAGUUUUUAUUAUUUUAGCAUGUUCAGCUUUAGGUACUUUAAUCCCAAUUUUAUCAGCUCAUGUCAAAGCAUUACAUAUUCCAAGAUAUGUUUUAAUUUUAGGUAAAGAUGCUGGUAUUGGUGUUGUUAUUGCAUGCUCAUUAAUUCACAUGUUAUUACCAGCUGUAGAAUCUUUAUCAUCAGAAUGCUUACCAGAAGAAUUUGUUGAAGGUUAUGAAGCCUAUGCUUAUUUAUUCUGUAUGUUAGCUAUGAUUGCUAUGCAAUUCAUCGAUUUCUGUUUCUUAGAAUAUUUAACUUAUAAAGAGCAAAAGAAGCAUGGUCAUUCACUUGAUCAUUCACUUAAGGAUGUUGAAAGUCAACAAACUCCAGGCGGCGAAUACGAAAAAGAUCAAAACAAAUCAACAGAUUGUCAUGGUGGUCACGUUCACUCCACAAUGUUAAUGGAUCCAGCUGCUUUAAAAACCAUUGAAGCCUAUCUUUUAGAAUUUGGUAUUACUGUACACAGUGUUUUCAUUGGUCUUACUGUUGGUGUCGCUGAAGAUGAAACCCUUAAAGCUUUAUUAGUUGCCCUUUCAUUCCAUCAAUUUUUUGAAGGUGUUGCAUUAGGUUCAAGAAUUGCAGAUGCCAAAUUAAAAUCACACUGGCACGAGGCUCUUUUAACUACAAUCUUCUCUGUCUCAGCUCCUUUAGGUAUUGCCAUUGGUAUUGGUGUUGUUGAAUCACUCAAUGUUAACGGCAGUGACUUCCUUUUCGUUCAAGGUGUUUUCGAUGCUGUCUGCGCUGGUAUUCUCUUAUAUAUUGGUUUAUCAUUAUUACUCAAAGAUUUCCCAGAAGAUAUGAAGAAUUUAUGUAAUGGUAAAAAAUAUAGUUUCUUAAGAAAGAUGGGUUUGUUCUCUGCUGUAUGGAUUGGUGCCGGCUGUAUGGCUUUAAUUGGCAAAUGGCUUUAA